AUGGAAGAACAAAUUCAAUGCAUAAAGCAACUCUUGUUGGAGACAAAUCCAUCGAACUUCGAUAAAGAUUCAAAUACUUUAAAUAAUGAAAACUUAUUCAAUGAAUUCAUAAAUUCAUUUCAAAUCUUAUUCAAUUUAUUACAAAAAAAUGAAUCAAAUAUAAACAAUAAACUUCGUGUAACUCUCAUCGAUUCAUUUUCCAUUUGGCUAUCAAGAUCAACACAAAUCAUCUCAAAUAAAAACAUUGAAUCUAAGGUAUACUCUCAAUCAAUUGCCAAAAAUCUAUUAACCGAAAAAAAUAUAAAUUAUAUUUUCCAAUAUAUUAUCGAUUUUUGGAUAGACGGUGGUUCUCCAUUAAUGAAUGCAUUAACUGACUUAUUUAAAAAACUAUUAACUCUUUUAAAAUCUUUAGAGCAAAUCUUCGACGCAAACUUUCACACAAUAUUGUUAAAAUGGUUAGAUGAAAUUUUAAGAAUCCCAUCCUCAUUACGUGUCCAAUACUAUCUAAUUAAUAUUUUGGCAUAUGAAAAAAUUGAUCUUUAUAGAAUAAUUGAACAACAACCUGAAUUCAUUGAAUCAUGCUUAUCUUUACUAAAUAUCAAUUCAUUAGCUAAUCCUGUGGGAAAAUGUUUAACAAGUGUCUUAAUUAACAUCUAUCACAAUCAUUAUCAGGGGUGUGAUCAUCAGGGAUUUGAAAAAAAUUGGUUAAAAUUAUGGAAAGAUCCCUUAUUUAAACAAUUGGAAGAUGAAGACUAUACGAAACCAAUAGGUCUGUACAUUUUAAUUCCAUUAUUUAGAAAAUUACCCUCAGAAGCAUAUAGUCUCUUCAUUAGAGAAUCUUCUUAUAAGAAUUUCCCUACUCGUUUAAUUUCUAUUUUGAAAGUUUCUCAAGAAUUAUUCAUAGAAGAAGAUUUUAACAUAGAGAACUUAAUCUCAUUAAAUGAAUUGAAAUUAUUACUAACAAUUGACAGAUUUAAACUUUCAAUAUUUGAAAUAUUGACUUAUUCAAAUAAAAAAUCAAAAGAAAUUCCAUCCUAUAUUUUCCCAAUCAUCCAAAAUAAUUUAAAAAGUUUCUUCCAAGAUCAAAAUAUUGAAUCAAGAAAUUAUUUCUGUAGUUCAUUUAAAAAUUUCAUUCUGAGAAUGAAAGAUUCUUCAUACAGUCUACAUAGAGAUAUGAAAAAACUACAAAAAGCUAAGAAAUUCCCAGUAGAAGAGCAAGAGAAAAGGAAAAAAAUUGAUGAAUAUAAAUCAUUCCUCAUUUGGUUAAUCAAAUUCUUAAAAUUACAACUAAUACCAGGUUCAUCAUACGAAAGAGUUCUUUUAUCUUUACAAUUAUUGAUAACUUUAGUAGAAUCAGGUUUAGACUCUAACGUCCCUGAAAAAUUCUUAUCACUCCAAACUAAAGAUUCACAAAAAUUUUGGGUUUUCCAAAAAUCAUUGUUUCAAGAUAAAGCUUUGUUUCAAUUACUAUUGUGUAAUAUUACAAAUACGUACAAUGAUAUCCGCCAAUUAAGUAAAUAUUUAUUAUCCAUCGCAUUCGAUAAGGAUUUGAUAGCUCCAUUGUCACGAGUAAAUAACCGUGAAGAACUGACAACAGAACUGAUCUCCAUUGCCAAAAAUAACUUGAAAGUUUAUCAAGAUUGCGAAACCAAGGGAGCAUCAAUAUUGGAAUUCCUUUUCAUUAUAUCUGAAGAUAAAUAUCAAUUCAUAACUAAUAUUUUGAAUGAUUUGGAAAAUUCUAUCACAAUAUACAUGGAAAAUGAACUAGAAAAUGUUGAAAAUCCCAUUGCAGGCUACUUCAUCACUUUAUCUUCAAUAUUAUCAAGACAGGUAGGUAACGAACUUGAUGAGAAUUGUACCGCAACUAUAGCGCAAAAAUGUAUUGACCUAACGAUUAAGAAUUGGGAUGCCAUGCGAGAUAUCGUUUGCCAUGAUUCAUCAGAUGGUCUACUACCAGAACGCUUUUUAACUUUGAAGGAAAUUUCUGAUCAAACAGUGACAAGUUUUUCAUUUAGAUCUAUCAAAGAAUCAUCAUUAUUGUUGGAACUUAUUAUUAGCAAAUUCAGGUUAUCAGAUAAUCAAUUAUUUAAUAUAGGUGAGAUAUUAAUUGAACAAUUAUUCAAUAUCCGUCAUAGUGGUGCCUUCCAAUCUGUAUUACCCACGUUCAAAACAUUCUGUAGAAGAUGCCGUAAAGACAAUUACAAACAAUUAAAUACGUGGCUAGACUCAAUAUUACAACAAAUGGAAGUUAAAAAACAACAUAUUACCAGAAGAUCGGGCGGAUUACCAUUUUUGAUUACAAGUAUAUUGAGUACAGAAACGGAUAAAACUCACCCACAAUUAAAAUAUACUUUUGAUAAAUUAGCCUAUAUCGCCUCUAUACCAGUUGUAGAAUUUCAAGAUAAGUUAGAUUUACCACAAGUGAAUGCAUUUAAUUGUAUUAAAGCUAUUUUCAUUGAUUCAAAACUAUCUGAACCGUGUACACCAUAUGUUUCUGAAGCUGCAAUGCUAUCAUUGAAAUAUUUCAAUUCAGAUAUAUGGGCUUUACGAAAUUGUUCCAUCAUGUUGUUUACUUCAUUAAAAAAUAGAAUAUUUGGGAAAAUUGGACGUAGUAUGAAUGCUCGUUUGUUUUUCAGUAAAUUUACUGGAUUAAGAGAUAUUUUACAUGCGACGUUAAAGCAAUCAGUUCAAAAGGGAUCCAAAUUUGGCGCUAGUGAUAACAUCGAAUCAAUCUUCUUAAUAUUGAAUAUCUUAUUACAACUGAAACCAACUCCAGGAUAUGAUGGGUUAGAUGAUUUUAUUGAUUUGAUUAUCGAGUGUCUCGGAAACAAGAACUGGAAAAUAAGGGAUAUUGCAGCUAGAACAUAUAUUUCCAUUUCUUCCGAAUCUAGCCACAUUAUAAUUCACAAAAUUUCAAAUACGCUAAGUGUAAGGGAAGAGAACAAGUUACAUGGUCAUUUACUGGCCACAUAUUAUCUGAUUGAGAAUAUUUUGGUGCCAGAACAUUUGGAAACUGAACAAUUAGAAUUAUUGACAUUACUAAUCUCGAAAGUAUCACCCAUUCUCUUGCAAAAUGUUUGCUAUAUUACAGCAAAGACGUAUGUUCAGUCAAUACGUAUUUUAUUAGAAUCCCUUACUGAAGUACCAAGGGAAUUAUUGUUUAAAUUUAUACAAGCUCUGGGAAACUAUUUUAUCUACCAUAAUUCAACCUUUGCAAUAGAUGGAAGUAAACAACUAUGCCUUUCAGAAAUCUUGGAAGUUCUAUUGUCAUAUGAAAACGAACCAAAUACUUUGGAUUUGUGCUGCUUAGGAUUGGAAUCUCCAUUUUACGAAGUUAAAUCAACAGCCCUAAAAUUUGUCAUUGAAAAGAUCGACUUUAGAAGGACUAAAUUGUCUCCAACUCUCGCCAUAAUCUUGAAAGAUUUAUUCUAUGAUAACAAUUUAUUAUCUACGGUGAAACCCUUGAUAAUGCAAGCAUUUACGAAAGCUGAUAUAUCUUUGUCCUUCGCGGAGCUUAUGGUCAUCGUCAAGGGGAAUACAAGUGAAGCUAUGAAGUUAAUGGCCAUAAAAUCACUGGGUCCACAAAUAAACCGAGAAAACAUUUCUUUAUCCCUGCAGAUUUUUGAUCAGUAUUUGACAGAUGACACGCCAUCCGACUUCAGAAUGGCGGCCCUAGAAUGUUUAAUGAAUUGUAGCGAAGUUUGGAAAUCGGCAGAAUUAUUGCUACAUGCAUAUUCCUCAUUAACUGACGAUGAUCCUGACAUACGUGAUUUCACAGCUAAAGUUAUUAACGAACAACUGUUUGGAAGAAGUGGCUGCAGUAUUGAUCAAAACCCAAUUAUCACAUCUAAACUCUUCCUUCCCGAAGUUUACAAAAUUCUCCCUGCUAGAACAGUUGCUGCUGCUAUAUGGACCAGGAUUCUCUAUUUCUUCAAUCAAUUCGACAUUUUUAGCACCAACACUGUAGCUUCCAAUAUUUUGUUUGAGAAUGAAAAAGAUAAUCAAUAUAGAGAUAUAGUUGACUAUAUUAUGGAUUUAUUGAAAAUAGAUAUAUCAGGGGCGGUAGCGAAGGAAAUAAAGGAUUUUGGUGAUGCUGUGUUGAAAAAUUUGAACGCUUUUUUAAUCGGUAAAAGUAACAAGAAACAGUUGGUAUCUUGGUUUCAUAAUCCGGAUGUCUUUGUAAGACUGGUCAUUAUUAUGAAGGUAUUUGAAUCGACCCAUGAUAAACAAUCAACAGAAAUACUGAAUAUAUUGAACGAAAUUGAUCAGAAUUCUGGGGGUAUACUUAAUGAAACCAUUAUGAGCAUGUACUAG